AUGGCAGACAAGAAGAUCUCCAGCUCCAAACGAACAGUCCUGAUAACCGGCUGCUCAGACGGCGGUCUGGGCGCCGCCCUUGCAAUCGCCUUCCAUGAAGCCGGCCUGCACGUCUUUGCUACGGCUCGAAAUCCUUCUAAGAUGACGCAGGUCGCGUCUCUUGGCAUCGAAACGCUUACAUUAGACGUCCAAUCCGACUCCUCAAUCGCCGACUGUGUCAGCAAACUGUCCGACCUCGACAUCUUGGUCAACAAUGCCGGCGCCGCGUACAGCAUGCCCGUCUCCGAUCUCUCCAUCCCCAAGGCCAAAGACAUUUUCGACCUCAAUGUGUGGUCUUACCUUGCCAUGACGCAGGCUUUUCUGCCGUUACUGCUGAAGUCCAAGGGGAUGAUUGUGAACCAAACGUCUAUUGCGGCUGUUACGACAAUACCGUUCCAGUCCACGUACAACGCCUCGAAAGCUGCGAUGGCAAUGUUUUCAGAUUCGCAGCGGCUGGAGCUGGGACCCUUCGGCAUCACGGUUGUCGAUCUGAAGACAGGAGCCGUAGUGUCCAACCUUAUAAAGAAUCAAAAGGAAGCGACGCAAGCUUCUUUGCCGAAGGGCUCGAUUUAUGAGCCAGCGAAAGAGGCGGUAGAGAGGACGAUGCGUGGCGAUGCAUUCGAGGAUGUGGGUAUGCCGGCGCAGCAGUGGGCGGGACUAGUUGUGCAGGAUUUGUUGAGGAAGAGGCCACCGCCGAAUGUUUGGAGGGGUGCCAAGGCGGGUUUGGCGUGGGUUGGCACGGUUUUGCCGUUCGGAAUGCUAGAUGGGAUGAUGAAGAAGAUGACUGGAAUUGACGUUGUUGAACAGAUGGUGCGCAAAUGA